UUGACCAAUGUUCAAACCUAUUAGUAAAGGGACUCCGGGCUUGCGCGCUCUGAUUGGCUGGACUGAAGGACAAGCCCUCCUCCCCUUGGGGCACUGGAGCUCUGGGCUGCAGGAGUUGGGGUGCUGCGCCGGCUACGGCGUGGAGGGACGGCGGCCGGGGCGGUGGCGACAGGAUUCCCAGGAGCCAUGUUGUCAGAAGUCCUACUGGUGUCUGCUCCAGGAAAAGUCAUCCUUCAUGGAGAACAUGCCGUGGUACAUGGCAAGGUAGCACUGGCUGUGGCCUUGAACUUGAGAACAUUCCUCCGGCUUCAACCCCACAGCAGUGGGAAAGUGGAUCUCAGUUUACCCAACAUUGGUAUCAAGCGGUCCUGGGAUGUGGCCAGGCUUCAGCUACUGGACACAAGCUUUCUGGCACCCGAGGCCCUCUCACCCACUUGUGUUUGCUUGUUUGCCUGUGAGACAGAGCAAGGUGAUGUCACAGCGCCUACCCCAGAGCAAGUGGAGAAGCUGAAGGAGGUUGCGGGCUUGCCUGACGACUGUGCUGUCACCAAGCGCCUGGCUGUGCUGACCUUUCUUUACUUAUACCUGUCCAUCUUCCGGAAGCAGAGGACCCUGCCGAGCCUGGAUGUGGUGGUGUGGUCGGAGUUGCCCCCCGGGGCGGGCUUGGGCUCCAGCGCCGCCUACUCGGUGUGUCUGGCAGCGGCCCUCCUGACCGUGUGUGAGGAGAUCCCAAACCCGCUGAAGGAUGGGGAGCACAUCAACAGGUGGACCAAGGAGGAUUUGGAGCUCAUUAACAAGUGGGCCUUCCAGGGGGAGAGAGUGAUUCACGGGAACCCCUCCGGAGUGGACAAUGCUGUCAGCACCUGGGGAGGAGCCCUCCGAUACCAACAAGGGAAGAUUGCAUCCUUAAAGAGGGAGAUCAGAAAGGGAAAGUCACGCAAGGCUGCGCCUGUGGACCCUCGGCUCCUUAUUCCUUCACUCUUGUAUUUGCUUAGUAAACAAGAACCCAUUGCUCCCUGUGUUCCCGAUGCAGCUGCACUGGGCGUGGGACUGGAAAGGCCGCCGGCUCUCCAGAUCCUGCUGACCAACACCAGAGUCCCUCGCAGUACCAAGGCCCUCGUGGCUGGCGUCAGAAACAGGCUGCUCAAGUUCCCAGAGAUCGUGGCCCCACUCCUGACCUCGAUAGACGCCAUCUCCUUGGAGUGUGAGCGCGUGCUGGGAGAGAUGGGGGAGGCCCCAGCCCUGGAGCAAUACCACGUGCUGGAAGAGCUCAUUGACAUGAACCAGCACCAUCUGAAUGCCCUCGGCGUGGGCCACGCCUCUCUGGACCAGCUCUGCCAGGUGACCAGGGCCCACGGACUGCACAGCAAGCUGACUGGUGCAGGUGGCGGUGGCUGUGGCAUCACACUCCUCAAGCCAGAUCUUGGGCGUGGGGGCACCCGCCCUGAGGAAUCCAGGUCUGAACACUUCUGCAGUUCAAUGCAAUGAGGUAGCAGCCAUUACUUCCUGCACACGCUGGUGCCAGGCUUAACACCCAUGACCUCAUGUUAUGCUCACAACAGCUCUCCAUUCCGCAGAAGAGAAAGCUGAGGAUCAGAGUUGCGGUGGGCUGUGCCUGACAUCACCCAGCCAGGAAGGGGUGAAGCUGGGAUCCAACCCGGGACUCUGAGGUUCAAUAGCUGCUCAUCCGUCUAACAUCUGCUGUGUGCCAGACACUUUGGUGUGCGCCAUCUCCCUAUGUCCUGAGAAGUAGGUGUUCUGUGCCCCACUUUGCAGAAGGGAAAUUCGAGCCUCAGAAGGGUGAAAUGGCUGAACCUCAGUCUCACAGCCUGCUAGGGGCAGAACUGGCUAGGAACACAGGUCUGUCUGUCCUCAUAUCCAGUUCAUAACCUCUACCCUGUGCUUUCUUCCUCAACUCAAGGCCCGGGGGCAUUUCAGAUUGGUAUGGGGCCUGGGUGAGCAGUGAGGGCACACAUCUGUCAACCAGCAGUUGUUGAGUUUCUCAAGAGCCCCUGAAGUAUGACACAUUCCCUGCUGGUAAGGGCAAUGUCAUCCAGUUGGAAGAAUAUAAAAUAAAUAUGUAAAGAGUUACAAGAAUUCAAUGGCAUAUAGGAAUGUUGAGUACUCUCCCAGGGUGCAUGCAUGACUCACAAGUCUGAGCAGUUGGGCAGGGAAGGCGACCUUGAAAGAUACAUGGAUUUGGAAACAGAAAUCUACAAAAUAAUCAUUACAACUACAAUGACCUGAUCAUUAUGAUGGUGAUAAUAAUCAUGAAUAAUGACUGCAGUUCAGCCCCAUAUUGUAGGUCUUGCUGUUGCCAUUUCACAGAUAAAGAUAAUGAGGCUCAGAGACAAAGCAACAUGCCUAAGGCCAGCCAGCAGGGAGACGGGGUUCAAGCCCAGAGCCUUUGAUCUCAAAGUCAGUUCCUCUUCUCCGGCCCUGGACUCACAGAGUGUUACAGACACAGAGUGUCACAAGCAGCAGGUGUUCUGGCCUGGGUCUUGAUAGCUGAGCCAGCAUUUGUUCCCAGGGCCAGCUUCUUGGCCAAGGGCUGAGUGUGGCUGGGGCAGAGGUAGCCAGUGGACGUACUGCCUGAGCUCAGACAAACCCCUCCCUGCCCUCCAGGGCUUACAGUGCAGAGCAAGCUAAGCAAACCAGUGAUGAUGGUGAAGAGCAGUAGAUUCCGAGUUACCAUGGGAGCCAGGGAAGAAGAGGGAUGCAUAUCCCCACCUGGCAUGGAAUCAAGGAAGGCUUCCUGGAGAAGGAGGUGCCUUGGUGGAAUUUUGGCUGUGCUAGAAGGUGAGAGAGGGCAUUUGAGGCAGCAAAGGCACUGAAAUGAACAAUGCUGUGGCAUGCACAGGGAAUCCAAACAUGAUUCCAUGUUCAUUUGGAACCGACAGUAUGAGGCCAGCAUAAAGCAAGUUUUAUCCUGAGGGCCCUGGGGAGCCAGGGUGGGUGACAGGCAGGUAUGGUGGGGUCAUAAUGAUGCUUUAGAAAGUUCUCUGGCUGUCACAUGAUAAAUGGAGAGAGCAGGGGAAGGGAGUAAGGCGAGAGGUACAAUGGCUGGACAGGGGCAGUGGCAUGAGAGGCAGAUGGAGAGGAGGUAAUAGGAAGAUUUUGUAGGUGCCUGGAGCGGCCUUCAGUUUUGGAGUCCGCCUUGUCACCCUGUUCAAGGAGAGGGUACACCCCACUCCCUUUCUUUGAAACUGGUUCCCACUUGGUCGCCCAGACAGCUGUGUGGUGGCACAAUCACAGCUCCCUGUAGCCUUGAACUCAUGGGCUCAAGCGAUCCUCCCAUCUCUGCCUCUGAAGUAGCUGGUAUUACAGGCAUGCACCGGCAUGCCUGGUUAAUUUUUUACAUUUCUUUUGUAGAGAUGGGGUUCCUGUUAUGUUGCCCAGGAUGGUCUCGAACUCCUAGGCUCAAGCAAUCCCCCUGCCUCAAGCAAUCCCCCUGCCUCAGCCUCCCAAAGUGCUGGGAUAACAGGUGUGAUCCACUGUGCCUGGCCGUAUACCCCUCUUUUGAUAGUCUCCGGCCAGAGGUGGGCCUCUUUGCUGAUGCCCUAGCUGGCAUGGAAGCCCUUUAUAUCAGUGCCCUAAUGAGGACUGCCGUAACCACGUCCCACAAAUGCAGUGGCUUGAAACGACGGAUUUUCUCUCUCGGGGUUCUGGAGCCCAGAAGUCUUGAAUCAAGGUGACGGCAGGACCAUGGGCCCUCUGGGACCUUGGGCGGAAUCCUCCCUUCCUCUUCCUAGCUUCCAGUGGUGGCCAGCAGUCCUGGGCAUCCCUGGGCUGGCGGCUGCAUCACUCCAGCCUUGGCCUGUUGCUGCACGUGGCCUUCCCCCUGUGUGUCUGGCUUCACAUGACGUUUUCUCUUAUAAGUACACCAGCCCCGCCUCAUGACCUCAUCUUAACUUGAUUACAUCUGCAAAGACCUCAUUCCAAAUAAAGUCACACUCAUGGGGACCUGGGGUUAGGACUUCAAAAUUUCUUUGUGGGGGACACAUCCAUUCCUAAUAACUCCUCUGGGGCUGGGCAUAGUGGCUCAUGUGGGUAAUCGCAGCACUUUGGGAGGCUGAGGUAGGAGGAUCGCUUGAGCUUAUGAGUUUGAGACCAGCCUAGGCAACAGGGGGAAACCCUAUCUCUACAAAAAAAAAAAAUACAAAAAUUAGCCAGGCAUUGUGGUUAAGUGCUCAUAGUCCCAGCUACUUGGGAGGCUGAGGUGGGAGGACGGCAGGAUGGCUUGAGCUCAAAGCCCGUGACCAGCCGGAGCACCAUGUGGAAACCCCAGCUCCACAAUAAAAUACAAAAUUAGCUGGCAUCGUGGUGAAUGCUUGUAGUCCCAGCUAUUCGGGAGGCUCAGGUGGGAGGAUGGCUUGAGCCCGGGAGGUGGAGGUUACAGUGAGCCAAGAUUGCACCACUGCAUUCCAGCCUGAGUGAUAGAGCCAGACUUUGUCUCAAAAAACAAAACAACCCCUAAGGGCAGGGGUUUUGCUGGUUGUUUGUGCCUCUGUGGUCUCUAGCCAGAGCCUGGCGUAUGUCUGCGCUCAGAGGGGAGAUGUGGAUAGAGUCAGGGUGUCCAGCCUCUCCUCCGCGGGUGACCCCAGCCCCUGCUGCUGACAGCAGCAGCCACAGCCCGCUUGGCAUCUGGGCAAGGCAGGUCUCCCGGGAAGCCCUCUCCCACGGGCUGUUCUCCGAAAGAAGUGGUGUUGAUGUCGGCAGAUGCCUGUCACUUCCCUUCCCCAGCAAAGUCUCAAACUGUCAGAAUAAGUGAAAUAGUCGUUGCCUAUCUCUGCAUUCGAGAUUUUAUUGGCAGUUUCAUUGUCACCCAAAAAAACCUCCUUUUCUCCGUUGGCGUUUUCAUCAGGCAGGUCUGGGGGCAGGAGGAGGAGGCAGGGCUGGCUCCUGAAAACAGGCCUUGGCAGGUCAUGUGCUGGUUCGAGGUGGGGUGGGGGGUGGGGGAGACCCCAUAGUGGGCUCUGCCACACCUUGUCUCCUGCAGGCAGCUGCUGGGCACUCCCUCCAGGGAGCCAAAGGAAAUGAGAGAUGGAAGAUGAAAACACCCUGAGGAUCCCUGGAGAUGGCCACGGUGGCCAGACCGCACAGUGGGUUCUCAGGCCCUUCCCCUGCCCUCCUCGGUGGAAAUUAGGGAGGCCUUUUGCAGUGGGGUAGGAGCAUGGGCUAUGAUGUCAGACCCACCUGGCGGCAGGCACCUUAGAGCAAAACAGGAACCUUCCAGUGGCUGAGGGCUUGAUCUGGGCCACACACCCAAUUAUCCUCUUCAGUCCUCUCCAGAACCCAGAGAGGUGGGUGCAGUCAAGCUCCUCAUUUUCUUGAUGUGGAAAUUGAGGCUCAGAGAGGUGAGGCAGCGCGCAAGGUUACCACGGCAGAGAAGUUGCCGGGGCUGGGUUUGAAUCCAGGCUGUGAGACUCCAAGCCUGGCUGUGAACCCACUUCGGAAGGUUAGUGGAAGGAGUGUAGAUGAUGGUAAUUUUUUUUGAAACAGGGUCUCUCUCUGUUGCCCAGGCUGGAGCGCAGUGGCGCGAUCACGGCUCACUGCAGCCUCCAUCUCCCAGUUCAAUUGAUUCUCCUACCUCAGCCUCCCAAGUAGCUGGGACUAUGGGUGUCCACCACCACACCCAGUUAAUUUUUAAUUUUUUAUAGAGGUGGGGCCUUUCUAUGUAUUCCUGGGCUCAAGUGAUCCUCCCGCCCUGGCCUCCUGAAGUGCCAGGACUACAGGUGUGAAUCGCUGUGCCCGGUGAUAAUAAAGUGCCAACACAGUACGAGGCACAUGGGAAAAAGCCGUCUGUUAUUAUUAUUGUUGUCGUUGUUUGGGCACCGUGGGGAAUCCUGGGCCCCUUGUCAGUCACUCUCUGUCCUGGGACUUUCUGGACAUUACUGGGUAGUUGUACCCACAGGGUGGCCUAAGGAACCUCCAAGGGUGUGGAGUGAGCUCAGGAGUUCCACUGAGUCUGGGAGUCCUUGUGUGGGGCUCAGUCCUGCUCCGUGCUGCCGGUGCCUUCUGACCCUGGCCCCCUGGGUGCUACUCCACCAUGUCCUGGCAUCACAGAAGGGAGUCUGAGGCCCAGAGGGCUGUCCCUUGCUCAGGGACAGGGAGGUGGAUACAGUGGUUAGAACCAUAGAUUCUGGAGUCAGUGAGCUCCCUGGUUGAGUUCUGGUGUGGCCACCUGAUGUUGGCUAACAAGUUGCUGAGUCUCAGUCGCAUCCUCUGUACACUGGGAUAAUGAAAGAUUCCCCUGGAGACUGGGCACCGUGGCUCACACCCAUAACCCAGCCACUCAGCAAGGAGGAUCACUUGAGCCCAGGAGUUCAAAGCUGCAGUGAGCUAUGAUCGCACCACUGCACUCUGGCCUGGGUAACAGAGUGAGACCCAGUGUCUAAAAAAAGCAGAACCUCCUGGUAAGGUCAAGGGGCCAAAUGAUACUACACAGAUGACAUUAACACACAGAGAAAAGAAGACAGAAUUUUGGCAUCUACAGGUUCCUUGAAGAUCUCAGACUCCAGCCCGUUUUGGUGCAGAGGCCCAGAGAUAGAGAGGGCUUCCACUUAGCCACCCCGCAGAGCAGGGCCCGUUACUUGGCCCCUUGACUCCCGAUCCAGAAUGCCUGUCACCUACCCAGCUGGCAUCGUCCUGGGAGUCCCCUCUGCCCCUCACCUGCCCCUCUCCCCGUGUCUCUGGCUUCGAGAGCCCCAGCCGCAAGCCCACGGUGCGGAAUGCCAUUCUCCUCUCCCCGGCACACUGAAGGUUUUGAAAGUUAAAGCAUUACCGUCGGCUUUGUUGUUGCCUGACUACGACAGACAAAUUGAGAACCAGUUGUCAAAAUGUCAGUGCACAACAAAUCAACAUGCAGAACGAGUCGCGGCGCUCUGCGGUGUAUAAUUAAACAAAAAAUCCCUUUUAGAAAUUUCGGCGAGCGUUGGUUCCACUUUAUAUUUGUCUGUGUGAUUAAUAAAGGCAGCUAAUUUUCAGACUUUAAAAACAGCUAGAAAAUAGCUCCUAAUUACAUAUUAGGUUCCUCACGGCCCCCGCUGCGCUCCGCCGGCAUUGGUGGGCCGAAGAAUUUGGCAGAGUCUUAAUUGCAUUCUGAGCAUCAUCUAAUUUUAGUUAAAUGUAAUGUAAUCAGCAGCAGAUGUCUGAAAUAAAAUAUGAAUUAUGAA